AUGGCUGCCGACUUGGAUCAUUCAAGCGAUGCUGAGCCACAGCAGCCUCGCACCAAUGCACGCCAACGUGCCCAACAAUGGAUGACCAAGGGCGGCCUGGUCCGUGAAGACUCAGACGACGAAUUGGGCGACGAGGACCACCCAUGGGACUGGAUAUAUGCCGACAAUGAAGCCGAGACAGAAGAAAACAACAACCCCAGCCCAGAAAAAUCCAAUCGACGACGAUCCUCCCGCCCGGCCAGGAAGAAGCGCGCAAUUGUCGGAGCUCGCAUGGGAUCAUUCGAAUGCAAGAUCGGCGAAAUCGUGCUUUUGAAAUCUCCAGAGGCUGGCAAGGACUGGGUGGGAAUUAUAAUGGAGUUUUUGGAGGAGGAGGAUGAAGAUGGAGAAGAUGAGAAGAUUAAGUCGGCCAGCAUUAUGUGGUUUGCUUCUCCGGACGAGUUUCUGUCUACGAGGAAUAAGCGCAGAACCGAUGCGCUGCCGAACGAACAGUAUCUGACUCAAGACUUCAACACAAAUCCUCUUUACUCUAUUAGUGGUAAGGCCAGGGUUAUGUCGAAGGAUGUUUUCUUUGCGAAAUACCCCAACGGGGAACCUCCCAAGGACAAAGCCCAAUUGGCGGAAUACAACAAGUGUAUCGUCUGCCGCAGAGGUGUGAACCAGGUCCAAGGGCGAUACACAGAAGAAUUUGUCUGGGAGGAAGUUUAUCGGGAAGACAAUGUUUUUGAGCUCAUCACUAUGGUUAAGGAUGGGUUGAAAGCAGCCAGAAAGCGCAAGGCCGCUGACUCCGACUAUGUCGAGGCCAAGGAAGAAAGCACAGCACCCGCAACUCCGAGGAAAAAGCAGCGAGUAGCCUCCAGUGGGACACCCAAGUCCCAGCGGAAGAAGCCAUUGACGACACCGACACAUAAAAGAAUUGUCGUCAAGAAGCCUCUUGAAUUUACACCAUUGGGCACACGUGUUCUCUCACAAGACCAUUUCGCCUCGCCAUAUCGUCAAGCCCGCACCUUGCUCCAUGUCUCCACCGUUCCGGAAUCCCUACCAUGCCGGAAGAACGAAUUCAACGAAGUCUACAACCAUCUCAGUGCGGCUAUCAUGGAGGGCACGGGGGCCUGUAUCUAUAUCUCAGGCACUCCAGGUACUGGAAAAACAGCCACCGUUCGAGAAGUAGUAGCCCAGCUGAACGCGGCCGUGGAAGCCGAGGAGAUGGACGAUUUCAUCUUCUGCGAAAUCAACGGCAUGAAAAUCACAGACCCACACCAAGCGUAUUCAAUGCUAUGGAAAGAACUAAAAGGAGAUCGAGUAUCUCCUUCUCAUGCGUUGGAUCUACUCGAACAGGAAUUCUCCCACCCUUCACCACGUCGAGUGUCCUGCGUCGUGCUGAUGGAUGAAUUAGACCAGCUGGUCACCAAAAACCAGUCGGUCAUGUACAACUUCUUCAACUGGCCCGCUCUGCGCCACUCACGGCUUAUUGUUCUGGCUGUGGCCAACACUAUGGAUCUUCCAGAACGAACACUCAGCAACAAGAUUUCUAGUCGUCUUGGUCUUACCCGUAUCACAUUCCCAGGAUACAAGCACACAGACCUGAUGGAAAUUAUCGGCACACGACUCGCAAACGUACCGGGCAACAUUGUCGAACCAGACGCUGUCCAAUUCGCCAGUCGAAAAGUCGCCGCCGUCAGCGGUGAUGCCCGUCGUGCACUAGAUAUUUGUCGUCGUGCCGUUGAAAUCGCCGAACAAGAAGCCGAAGAAGCCGCUGCCGCGGACUCAAUCAUUCCAGAAGAAGAUGAAGACGAUGUACCCCCAACACCCAGCAAAACGCCAGCCCGACGCAAUAAAUCACUCGCAGCAGAACCAGCCAAUUCCCCUGCGCUGAAACCUAAGCCAGGCAAAGGAAAGCCCGGCCGUGUCACAAUCGCCACUAUCAAACAAGCCAUCCAGGAAGCAACCUCAACACCACUCCAGCAAUCACUCCGCUGCCUCCCACUCUCAGGCAAACUUUUCCUAGCAGCACUACUCGCUCGCGUCCACCGCACCGGUAUCACCGAGUCAACAUUCGGUGAUGUCCUCGAUGAAGCACGCCGUAUCGCUGAUGCAUCUGUCGCAGUUGCCGGUGCUGCAGGUAUGGGUGUGAAAGAAUUCCUGCUUGGCGGGGGUGCUACUGCUCGAGUGCGUGCUUUAGGUUUCGCAGCUAUGGAACUGAUGAAUGCGGGUAUCUUAGCCUUAGAACAGGGUAAUGGAUCGAAGAAUUUGCUAGGUGGUUCUACGAUCCCGACUCGCGGUGACCGAACGGGCAAGGUUCGGCUGCGGGUUGCGGCUGAAGAUGUUCGAUCUGCGUUUCGGGAGGAUACUGAGGCGAAGGGCUUUGGAUUGGGGAUUGAUGUGUAA